UCGGUACACAACUUAACCAUCGCCGCACCCGAGCACGAGAGCCUCGCCGGCGUCGCCUCCACCAUCCCCUCCCCGCGGCGCGCACGCCGCCGGCGCGGCCCACCAGUUGCCGCGCGCCCCGCGGACGCCCAGCAGGUCGGCGCCCAGCCGCGCGAGGUGGGCCCGCGUCAGGUUGUGCAUGUUUCGCUUGCCCUUGAGGCGCGACGACCGCGAGAGGUGGUUCAGCACGGCGUAGCGCCCCCCUUCGAUCGUCGACCGCGACGGCUUCGAGAGCGUCGCCGGCGGCAGGGGCGCCACGACGCACGCGCCCUCGCGGAUCGUCGCCGCCAGCAGCGGCUGGUCGCGGAUCGACGACCGCUUCACCGCGCGGCCGUGCGCCGGGAUGGCCGCAGCGACGCGGGCGCCCCACGCGCGCAGGCACCGCGCCGACCGCGUCCGGUGGGCGAAGAAGACGCCGCCGUGGUACGGCUCGCGCAGCAGCCGCGUCCUGUCGUGCGCGUCGGCCGUGACGGCGGCCUCGUCGUAGGCCGCGAGCGUCGUCGCGGGGUCCCGGAACGCGGCGAGCGCCGCGGCGACGAGCGGCCCGACUGGGGCCCCCGCGACGACGUCCACGUCGACGUACCACACGACGUCCUCGCGAACCACGUCCAGCAGCCGCAUCUUCAGUUGCUUGUAGAGGAUCGACGCGCCCUGCUGGCAGCGCGGCUCGACGCGCACCGGCACCUGCGCGGGCGGUCGCGAUGGCUUCGCGGCGCGUCGGCGACACUCCAAGCCGAAGAGACCGCCCCGUUCCGCGCGGACCGCCGCCACGGUCGUCGUCGCCGGCGCGCACGCCGGCCGGUCCGUGAGCGCGUAUAUCGCGCCCGCGAAGGCGCCAGGCCCCCGAAGGCUCCGGACGCACAUGCCGAACAGCGCUUCUCCCGCCAACCGGCCGCAGGCGACCACCGCAACGGCGACGCUGGGCUCCGGAGUUGCCGCCGCGGCCGCGCCCAUGAUGGCCGCCGCGAGGAGGCGCAUCCGGCAGCACUCCGAGGCUGCCCCGGUCAAGCAGCGGUCGCUGCAAGGGGCGCGGCGGUGGCGUGAUCAACUUAGCGCGACGACGACAGGUACAAAUAUUUAAAAAUGCAAAGCUUGCCAGGAAUCCUGGGCCCCCAGCGCCGUGGCAUAGGCUGCUCUCAACAAGG